UAUUAAUUUGGUAUAUACUGUUACAGUUCAGAUUUUAAACUUUAGUUUGCAUAUGUUUUACGAGAAGCGUUUACUGUGGUAUGAAGCUUCAGUUUGCUUUUGUAUUGUUGAAAUCUAUGGGGCAUGUCGUUAUACGACAACUGCUGGUUUAUUACUACACGCUCUCCCACGUCGGUUCGGUGAACAUUAUCAGCUGUCUUUCACUCGUAGUAGAUUAUUAACGUAGUUGCCAGGGUGACCAAGGCAAGCCGUGUAAACUGUAAUUCUGUUGGAAUCCUCUUCUGUAGAGUUGUAUGUGUCCGUUGCCUAUUAGAAAGUGAAUGAGAUUGCAGGUUCAGAUUAUUUGUAUCACAGCACGAAGUGUAUGUGAGAGAAAGUACUGUACACUUUAUAAGUGUAUAGACAAGAUAGUGUGGAGAGUAUGGUACGUAGUAGUGUAGGAGAAAUUGUUGUGGUCAGCGAGUCACAGAUGGCUGAGAAGUUUGUCCAUUCAUGUACCUAGUAUCAAGUGGUACUUAACCAGUCUUGACUUACCACUCGACCACACUGUUUACUGCUGUUAGACCACAACGCUUGGCAGAUACGGCGAGUAAACAGUUCGAGAUAACGAUUCAGAAAAACACUAUCAUCCUAUGGAAUCAGUUGUUUGAAAUAUGAAUAUAGAAAAAAAUAUUUAUUUUAACUGCUUUAACCACGGACCCUGUUUUUUUAUUAUAGUGUAGUAUUGGAUUUUUUACUGUGGUUUAGAAGUUUGGUUACAAAAGAAUAAAGCUCGAUAAAGUCCGUUGUUUAGCAUGGCGAAAAGCAACGUUAAACUUCAAUCGGAGGAAUAUGGUGGUAUUAACGAUGGGCAAGACCAGUCAGACGAAGAGGGGCAAGAGAUGUCCACGGACGACAUCCGCUUGGAGUUCAUCCAAGACUACGUGAUGUCUGCUCUUAAAGUGAAGAUGGAUAAAUGGAAAAAGGCGAUGAGCACGGACGAGAAUCGAAAACUCAUCCAGCAGUUUCUUGACGAACCGUCGAUUCUUUUGCUAAUUUUUUCAGCGCCGGUCGGGGGAGCAGUCGCUAUCACACGAGAGUUCAAAGAGGCGAUGAAACAUAAAUCGAUUUACUUAAUGAGACGGCGAGCAGUCCCAAUAACAAGGGAUAAUUUCCGUAAUGUGCUUGUUGCUGGUGACAUGUCCUCAACUACAUUUAGCCAUCUGACUUCAUUUGUACAUGAGAUUGCAUUCUCGUUGCUUGGCAACCAGCGCAACCACGUCACGUGGCCAGGUGUAGUCUCGGAUGACAUUGGUCGUCACGUGAAUGCCCUCAUCGGAAAAGUAGACGUUUCUGAGGGUUUGGUGUCCGGGAAGACAGUCCUCCCAAUGCCCGUGGAAUCGCGGCAGAUGAUGGAAACGGAAGAAGAGGAAGAGGAAGUAGAUCCGGAGGUUGGAGGGCGAAGUAGCUCCGCUUCGCAUAGCAGGCCGACGUCCAGCGUGAGCGAGAACGCAACUUACAAUAAGUUAUACAGCAGUCAUCGGCCGUUGAUCCACGCAAUAGAGUCGACCGUGAUCGAAUGGGCGCAUCAAGUACAGGGCGUUGUGCAACAUGACUCGUCAGAAGCUUUACUUGCUGGCAAGAAUCCAUGGCCGAGCGAGGAAGUCAAGUUUUGGAAAGUCAAAGCAGGAAACCUUCAGUUUAUAAGCGACCAACUGGGAAAUCCUAAGAUUGCAAAGAUGGCGCGACUCUUACAGACUUCUGGAAGCAGCUACUGGCCAACACUCAAGAAAAUAUUUGAAGACGUUAGUAGAUCAUUAGCGGAGGCGCGCGACAUCACUACUCACUUGCAAGCAUUAAAAGGUCUAGUUGAAAACAUGGAGCAAGGCAAUUUCCCGGACGUAAAACCGCUAUUGUCCGCCAGCAUGCACGUCAUCGAGCUAAUUUGGAAACAUUCCCGAUAUUACUGCAUUGCACCGCGUGUCAUUGUUCUACUGCAGGAGAUAAGCAACAUGCUGAUUGAUCAGGCUCGCACGUAUAUUGCUGCUGACGAGAUCUUCAAAGGAGAGAUAGAAGAUUCUCACGACCGAAUCGUUGUUGCCAUUGACGUCUUCAAGCACUUUCGAUCGGUUUAUGAACGUUCAAAACGACGCAUUUAUGAAAACGCGAAAUCUCAACGCAACGGCGGAGUGGAAAAAACCUGGGACUUCCCUACUACAAUGGCCUUUGCGAGAGCGGACGUCUUUCUUGCACGACUAAAGGACAUAAAAAACUUGUUUGACACCUGUCUUGAAAUGACGAAACUUGAAAAGCUUGAGUUUGGAGGAAUGAAAGGGAGAGGUUUGAGUGAACAAGUCGUUUCACUUCAUCAGGAAUUUUCUGAACACUGGAAAGUUUUCACUGAGUCAACAUAUGACAGCUUGGACCAGACCAAUGAAGAAUUUUUCACGGACUACACAGAAUACCUUCGCAAAGUGGAAGAACUUGACUACAGAGUUUCAACAAUUAUUCUUCAAGCUUUUAACGAUUGCUCAGGAAUUGAAGGAAUGUUUAAGUUACUGGCAAUUCUUGGCCCCUUACGUAGUCGGCCAAUCAUACGAGCUGAAACAGGUCACAUGUUUGUUACUCUGUUGGACGAGUUUGACAAAGAACUUGACAGAUCAAAGAUAUUGUUUGAUUCCUACAUCAAAAAUGAUGAUUCUGAUCACAGUAAAAACAUGCCGCCUGUUUCCGGUGCAAUACAGAGAGUAUCACAACUCAGAAGACGGAUUGAGGGUCCGAAAGAACAAUUCAGAUUUUUUAAACAUCCAAUACUUCAAUCAGAUGAGUCACAAAGAGUCUUUGCAAAAUACGAUGAAAUGAUUAAACUUCUUAAAUCGUAUGAGGAUGGCACGUACAAUAAAUGGCAAUCAAUUGCUGACGACAUUUGCAACUUUAACCUGGAUCAACCCCUCAUUGAAAGGGACAGGCACACUAACCUUGUAUCUGUUAACUUCAGUCCUCAGCUCGCAUCUGUUCUAAGAGAAGUAAAGUACUUGAGUUCGUUGGGUGUUGAUUCAAUUCCAGCCAAUGCUGCCGCUAUAUAUGAGAAGAAUGAAACUUUGUGGAAAUUUCAUGCAAAUUUGGAAAUUACAUCCGUUCUUUACAACAAGAUCCGUGACACAGUGUUGGAGGUUGAGUAUCCUCUCAUAGCUGAUCAACUGGAUCAGAUAGAUGAUCUUCUUAAGGAUGCUGAGGAUGGUACUAGGACUUGGAGUGGAGAAGAAACAUGGGACUACAUAAGAACUUGUCGAAACAAAGUAACAGACCUCGAGUCUCGGGUUCAGAGAGCAAAAGAUAAUGUUAAUAUGAUUCACAACAUUAUGGAUAAAUGGAGUGAAAUUCCUUUAUACACGAGGAAAGAGGACAAGAAAGACGUUCUUCUUAUGCUGGAUGAGAGAGAAGAGAGACUAAGCAAGAGAUACGUUUCAAUUCAUGAGGAUGCACAAGAGAUACACAAGCUUAUCAAGGAAAAUAUUACUCACUUUCAAGCUGAUUCAUCAUCUGUGAGUUGGCAACGUUAUUUAGAAUAUGUAGAUGGUGCAAUAGUUGAUGGUCUUGCUAGUGCCAUCCAGUGCUCACUCAGAUAUCUUGUUCAAAACACAGACAACAGUCUUCGACCUCCCCCUUUGCUUGAAUGCAAGCUCCUCCUCAAUACUCCGGAUGUUGUUUUCCAACCUCCUCUGGAUUAUGAGAUGACAGACGGAUUUUAUGAUCUUGUGGAAAGUAUCAUCACCGAAAUUUAUGGGUUGAGUACAUUGGUUGAGAGAGUGGCAUCUCACCUUGACUUUCCUCAUUAUGUGGAAGACAUGGAGCAGAUGUUAGAUCUCGCUAACAUGAGAAGUGAGAUCAUGGAUCGAACACAGGGAGUUACUGAAAGUGCAGUGGAAUUCAAGGCAACUUUUGACAAGUACGCCUAUCUUUGGGUUGAUGAUCGCAAAGAAUUCAUGCGUCAAUUCCUCCUUUAUGAUCAUGUCCUCACCACGGAGGAAAUAGAAGAACAUGCAGAACAUGGAGUCCCUGAAUCUCCCCCAACUCUUGAUCAGUUCCGCAUGCAGAUCGAUUCUUAUGAAGCCUUGUUUGAUGAGGUUUCAAAAUUAACAGAGUACAAGGUAUUUUCAUCUUGGUUCCGCGUUGAUAUUCGUCCUUUCCAACAAGCUCUGUUGAACAUUAUAAAAAGAUGGAGUUACAUGUUUAAGGAUUAUCUAAUGACACAUGUGAUUGAAAGUUUGCAAGAACUAGAAGACUUCAUUGAAACAACAGACAAUGGAUUACAACUUGAAGUGAAGGAAGGAGAUUAUGAUGCUUUGGUCAAAGUAAUGGCCAAUCUGGUGGCAGUAAGGGAGCGGCAACAGGCAACAGAUGGGAUGUUUGAGCCUCUAAAAUCUACAAUUGACCUCCUGCUAACGUACGAUCAAGAAUUGCCAGAAGAAAGUCAUGCCCAACUUGAAGCGCUCCCUGAAAAAUGGGAAUCUACAAAGAAACAGGCCACCACUAUCCGCCACAAUGUUAGUCCUCUACAAGCAAAUGAAGUCACCGUGAUCAGAAAGCGUUGUGUUGCGUUUGACGUCAAACAACAUGAGUUCAGAGAAGCGUUCAGAAAACGUGCACCUUUUCUGUAUACUUCUGAACAACCUUACGUUACAUUGGAUCAAAUGGAAAGGGAGACUUGUAAAAUGGAAUUGGAAAUGUUGGAAAUUAAGACAUCUGCUGAACUAUUUGAGGUAAAUCUCCCCGAAUUCAAGCAACUGAAGGCUUGCCGUCGUGACUUGCGCAAUCUCAAGUCUCUAUGGGACAUGAUCAUACUUGUACGAACAAGUCUAGAUGAUUGGACACUAACAUGUUGGAGGAAAAUCAAUGUUGAUGACAUGGAUAUGGAGUUGAGACGAUUCCUGAAAGAGAUAAGAACCCUGGACAAAGAGUCCCGCGCUUGGGAUGCAUUCAGUGGGCUUGACUCCAUGGUGAAGAACAUGAUCACAUCAUUGCGAGCUGUGGUUGAGCUACAGAGUCCAGCAAUUCGCGACAGACAUUGGCAGCAACUUAUGACAGCAACUGGCGUCAGGUUUGAAAUGGGAGAUGACACAACGUUGGCAGAUUUACUAGCUCUUCAGCUCCACCGUGUGGAAGAUGAGGUUAAGAACAUUGUUGACAAAGCAAAGAAGGAAAUGGGAAUUGAAAAAGUUCUUCAAGAAAUGAGAGUUACAUGGUCCACUGUAGAGUUUGAAUAUGAGCGACAUCAUGCAACUGGUACUGCAAUUUUAGUCUCUAAUGAAGAACUCAUUGAAACGUUGGAAGAUAACCAGGUUCAGCUGCAAAACAUGUUAACAUCCAAGUUUGUUGAAUACUUCCGUGAGGAGGUGAGCGAUUGGCAGAAGAAGUUGGUGACAGCAGACACCGUCAUCCAAGCUUGGUUGGAGGUCCAAAGGACCUGGUCCCAUCUUGAAAGCAUCUUUAUUGGGUCAGAGGAUAUUCGUUCCCAACUUCCAGAGGACACAGUGAGGUUUGCUUCAAUUGAUGAAGACUUCAAAGAGUUAAUGGAAGAGUCGGAGAGAUUGAGUAAUGUCAUUGAAUCAACAAAUCGACCUGGUCUUUUUGAUAAGCUAGAAGGAUUGCUUGAAAGGUUGUCAGUUUGUGAGAAAUCUCUGGCUGAAUAUUUGGAAAAGAAACGUCUGAUGUUUCCAAGAUUCUACUUCGUAUCCUCUGCCGAUCUGCUUGACAUUUUGUCAAAAGGCACACAACCAACCAAGGUUACACGGCAUUUGCGUAAACUGUUUGACAACAUAAACGACCUCAAAUUCAAAUUGGACGAAGAUGGUGAACCAACCAAAACAGCUUUGGGGAUGUACAGCAAGGAAGAGGAGUAUGUCGAUUUUGAUGAACCAUGUGAACUGGUUGGCCAGGUUGAGGUUUGGUUAAACAGAUUGAAAGACACACAACGAAGCACUGUUCGUCACCAAAUACAGGAAUCAGUUGUCGCUUAUGAAGAGAAGGCUCGUGAUCAGUGGUUGUUUGACUACCCUGCGCAAGUUGCGUUAGCUGGCUCGCAAAUUUGGUGGACCACUGAGGUCGGAAUAGCCUUUGAGAAACUUGAAGAAGGGUUUGAGAAUGCGAUGAAAGAUUACAACAAGAAGCAAGUGACACAACUCAACACACUCAUAUCCCAUCUUCUAGGAGAUCUCAACCCCCUUGAUAGGCAAAAUAUCAUGACUAUUUGCACUAUUGAUGUUCAUAAUCGUGACGUCGUUGGCAAGCUUAUCACGGAAAAGGUGACGUCAUCACAAGCAUUUACGUGGCUCUCUCAGCUACGUCAUCGAUGGGACGAAGACUUGCGACAAUGCUUUGCAAACAUAUGCAACGCACAAUUUCUGUAUCAAUACGAAUACCUCGGGAAUACGUCACGACUUGUUAUAACUCCUCUAACAGACAGGUGUUACAUAACAUUAACUCAGUCGCUCAACCUUACUAUGAGUGGUGCGCCUGCUGGUCCUGCUGGAACCGGGAAAACCGAGACCACGAAGGAUCUUGGACGGGCACUCGGCAUUCUCGUAUUCGUGUUCAACUGUUCCGAGCAAAUGGAUUACAAGUCGAUUGGAAAUAUUUACAAAGGCUUGUCCCAGACUGGAGCAUGGGGUUGUUUCGAUGAGUUUAACAGAAUUGCAAUCGAAGUAUUAUCAGUAGUGGCUGUGCAGGUAAAGAUGAUCCAAGAUGCCUUGAAAGCUAAAAAGGAUCGCUUUAUGUUCUUGGGUGAUGACAUCAAGUUAUGUCCGAGUGUUGGGAUAUUUAUCACCAUGAACCCUGGCUAUGCUGGAAGGACCGAACUUCCUGAAAACCUCAAAGCGUUGUUUAGGCCGUGCGCAAUGGUGGUGCCUGACAUUGCCAUGAUAUGCGAGAACAUGCUUGUAGCUGAAGGGUUUACAGAAGCUAGGCUACUGGCACGAAAGUUUAUUACAUUGUAUGAUCUGUGCAAAGAACUUUGCUCAAAACAAUAUCACUAUGACUGGGGAUUGCGAGCGGUGAAAAGUGUAUUGGUUGUUGCCGGUGCCCUACGCAGAGCGGACAAACAACGCCCAGAAGAGCAAGUCCUGAUGCGAGCACUUCGGGAUUUUAACCUCCCAAAGAUCGUUACUGAAGAUGUUCCUAUUUUUAUGGGACUUAUAACUGACCUCUUCCCUUUGUUAAACGUUCCUCGAAUUCGAGAUGAGGCGUUCGAAAAACGAAUAAAACAAACGGUUGCCCGUUUAAAGCUGCAACCGGAGGAAAACUUUAUUCUUAAGGUCGUUCAAUUAGAAGAGCUUCUGGCCGUACGUCACUCCGUGUUCGUCAUCGGCAAUGCCGGAGCCGGGAAGUCUCAGAUAUUGAAGACGUUGCACGAAACGCAUAAGGGAGCUGGGAAGAAAGCCGUUUGGAACGACCUCAACCCAAAAGCGUUAACUACGGACGAGUUGUUUGGUUUCAUUCACCCCGCUACUCGGGAAUGGAAGGACGGUUUAUUCUCAAGUACGAUGCGCGACCAAUCAAACAUAUCGCACAACGAUCCCAAAUGGAUAGUACUGGAUGGUGACAUAGAUCCGAUGUGGAUCGAAUCCCUUAACACAGUGAUGGACGAUAACAGGAUGUUGACACUGGCAAGCAAUGAACGCAUACCUCUCACAAACUCAAUGAGGUUGCUUUUUGAAAUCUAUCAUCUACGUUCAGCAACACCUGCUACUGUAUCUCGUGCCGGAAUCCUCUAUGUUAACCCACAAGAUCUUGGCUGGAAUCCGCCUGUAACAAGUUGGAUCGACACACGCAGUAUUCAAUCCGAACGUGCUAACUUGACAAUUCUGUUCGAUAAAUACGUGCCAACCUGCCUGGAAGCAAUGAGGAGCCAAUUUAAAACGAUAACUCCUGUUCCAGAUAACACAAUGAUACAGAUGUUGUGUUACUUGCUCGAGUGCCUUAUAACUCCCGAGGCCGUUCCGGCCGAUUCCCCUCGUGAAUUAUAUGAACUCUACUUCGUCUUUGCUGCAGUAUGGGCCUUCGGUGGAGCGACGAUGCAGGACCAGUUAACAGACCACAGAGUAGAAUUCAGCCGCUGGUGGGUCAAGGAAUUCAAGCACAUCAAGUUCCCAUCCUCUGGCACCGUGUUUGACUUCUGCAUUGACGCAUCGACCAGAAAAUUUGUCCCGUGGAGCGAACGGGUCGCAAAAUUCGAAAUGGACCCGGACGUCCCAAUUCAGUCUAUUCUUGUCCACACAAUGGAAACAACUCGGAUCCGAUAUUUCGUUGAUCUUCUUAUUGAACGAGGCCGACCAGUGAUGCUGGUUGGGAACGCGGGAUGCGGGAAGAGUCUCCUCGUAUCGGACACACUUCGGAGGUUGACGGAUAAUCACAUCGUGGCCAGCGUACCGUUUAACUAUUACACAACUCCCGCUAUGCUGCAACGUUUGCUUGAAAAACAUCUUGAGAAGAAAGCUGGAAGAAAUUACGGUCCCGUCGGCAAUAAGAAGCUUAUCUACUUCCUCGAUGACGUAAACAUGCCUGAAGUAGAUACAUACGGAACCGUUGGCCCACACACGCUAAUCCGGCAGCACAUAGACUAUGGCCACUGGUACGACCGCAACAAACUUGCAUUGAAGGAUAUACAUAGUACUCAGUAUGUGGCUUGUAUGAACCCAACCGCUGGUAGUUUUACCAUCAAUCCUCGACUACAGAGACACUUCUGCGUGUUUGCCGUCAACUUUCCGUCGACUGAGGCGUUAGAGAGCAUCUACAGCAGCAUACUAGGGUGGCAUUUCUCUGGUGGUUCAGGUUAUGCUUUUCCCCCGAACGUGUCAAAGAAUGUGGACAGUGUUGUUCGUGCCGCUGUCCAUCUACACCAGCGAGUUACAGCAACGUUUCUGCCAACAGCGAUUAAGUUUCACUACAUUUUCAAUCUUCGUGAUCUAUCUAACGUAUUUCAAGGUCUUUUGUUUGCAACACCCGAAUGCCUUAAGUCGCAAAUUGACGUCAUUCGACUUUGGUUGCACGAGUCGGCGCGCGUCUACGGCGACAAGAUGGUGGAAGUGAAAGACUCGGCUGCUUUUGAUAAAUUGCUUGCUGAUUCCAUGCGGAGAGUAUUUGAAGGCAAUGAUGAGUUUCACGAUCGACUGUUGGCCAAACCAAAUAUAUUUUGCCACUUUUCCGAAGGCAUUGGCGAACCGAAAUAUAUGCCGGUAAAGAAGUGGGACUCGUUGCAGCAUACACUUGAGGAAGCUCUGGAAAGCCACAACGAAGUAUUACCGGUCAUGGACCUGGUAUUGUUUGAAGAUGCGAUCAUGCACAUUUGUCGUAUUAACCGAAUCCUGGAGUCACCACGUGGCAACGCGCUAUUGGUCGGCGUUGGUGGGAGUGGCAAGCAGAGUCUUUCACGAUUGGCCGCUUAUAUCUCCGGACUAGACGUAUUCCAACUUACCUUGAAGAAAGGAUACAGUAUGCAGGAUUUGAAGAGCGAUCUGGUGAACCUGUAUACACGAACCGGUGUGAAAUGCAUCGGCACAGUAUUCCUUAUGACGGACGCUCACGUUCCGGAUGAACGAUUCCUAGUUCUUAUCAACGAUCACCUUGCAAUGGGCGAAAUAUCGGACUUGUUUACUGAAGAAGAGACCGAAGAUAUUAUCAACGGAGUGAGGAAUGAAGUGAGAGCACAAGGAUUGUUCGAUUCGAGAGAAAACUGUUGGAAGUUUUUCUUGGAUAGAGUUCGAAACCAAUUAAAGAUUGUAUUAUGUUUUUCCCCUGUUGGGUCCACACUCCGUGUUCGAGCAAGAAAAUUUCCUGCUCUUGUAAAUUGUUGCUCAAUCGAUUGGUUCCAUGGUUGGCCACACGAGGCGUUGGUGAGUGUUAGUCGAAGAUUUGUCUCCGAGAUUGAAGAAAUUUCUUUAACAGAAGAAGAAUCCAAGGUUGAAGAAGAGGACACAGUCAUUGAUAGCAUUGCAAAAUUUAUGGCCUUUGCUCAUGAGUCUGUGAAUGAAGUUGGUCUGCAGUACAAACACAAUGAGCGGCGUUUCAAUUACACAACACCAAAAAGCUUCCUGGAACAGAUUGAUUUGUAUAAACAUCUCAUCAAACACACAACCACAGAACUAAAUAUGAAAAUGGAUCGCCUUGAAAAUGGUCUUCUUAAACUACAAAACACAUCUGAGCAGGUUGAUGAUCUGAAAGCUAAAUUAGCAGCACAAGAAGUUGAGUUAAAAUCAAGAAGUGAAACGACUGAAAAACUUCUUUCUAAUGUUGGGCAACAAACUGAGAAAGUUGGAUCGGAGAAAGAGGUGGCUGAUGAAGAAGAGAAAAAGGUUGCUGUAAAAGCUACAGCUGUGGCUGAAACCCAACAGCAGUGCGAGGAGGAACUUGUAAAAGCAGAGCCAGCACUGCUUGCAGCCACCGAGGCACUUAAUACACUAAACAGAAACAAUCUGAUGGAACUCAAGUCGUUUGCUACUCCUCCACCAGCAGUAAGCAAUGUCACUGCAGCUGUGAUGUGUCUUUGUGCUCCAGAUGGAAAGAUUCCCAAAGACAAAACAUGGAGAGCUUCCAAAGCAUUUAUGGGCAGGGUUGAGCAGUUUCUUGAUUCCCUGAUCAAUUAUGACAAGGAACAUAUUCAUGAAAAUUGUUUGAAGGCCACUCGACAAUAUAUGGAUGAUCCUGAUUUUAAUCCGGAUAAUAUUCGAACAAAAUCAUUCGCAGCUGCUGGUCUUUGUGCCUGGGUUAUUAAUAUAGUUAGAUGGUAUGAUGUCUACUGUGAUGUCGAACCGAAAAGGCAAGCUUUAGCAGCAGCCAAUCAUGAGCUUGCAUCUGCACAAACAAAGUUAUCAGCAAUCCGCUCCAAAAUUUCUGGACUGGAUCAUGACUUGGGAGAACUCACAAAACAAUUUGAAGAGGCAACUGCUGAAAAGAUACGUUGCAGUAAUGAGGUCGCUAACACUGCUAAGACAAUUACAUUGGCUAACAGGCUUGUAAAGGGACUUCAGAGUGAAAAAGUUCGUUGGUCAGCAUCAGUUAGGUCACUACAGACAAAGAAAGAAACUUUAAGUGGUGAUGUUCUUCUAACUGCAGCAUUUGUUUCAUAUCUUGGAUAUUUCACAAAAUCUUACAGACUGGAACUUCUAAACAAGCAGUGGUUGCCUUUCCUUAAUCGACAGAAGUUUAAAAUCCCUCUGACCGAAGGUUUGGAUCCGAUAGAUUUGUUGGUGGAUGACGCUACAAUCGCAUCUUGGAAUAAUGAAAGUCUUCCAUCUGACCGGAUGUCAUCUGAGAAUGCUGCCAUAUUAUCCCAAUGUAAACGAUGGCCACUCAUUGUGGAUCCCCAGCUUCAGGGAGUGAAAUGGAUCAAGGGACAUUUUGGAGAAGAUUUAAAAACUGUACAAAUGGGUCAUAAAGGUUACCUGGAUGUCAUUGAACGAAGUGUGUCUGAAGGUGGAAAGGUCCUUAUAGAAAAUAUAAGUGAAUCAAUUGAUCCUGUACUUCAACCUCUUCUUGGAAGAAACACGAUAAAGAAGGGAAAGUACAUCAAGAUUGGGGAAAAGGAGGUGGAAUACCACCCAGAAUUCAAACUUAUUUUGCAAACCAAGUUGGCAAACCCACAUUACAAGCCAGAGAUGCAAGCUCAGACCACUCUUAUCAACUUCACAGUUACAAGGGAUGGUUUGGAAGAUCAACUGCUUGCUAAUGUUGUGAGCAUGGAAAGACCUGACCUUGAACAACUGAAGGUUGAUCUGACCAAACAACAGAAUGAUUUCAAGAUAACGUUGAAAAAAUUGGAAGACAACCUCUUGAGUCGACUCUCUGCUGCAGAAGGCAAUUUCCUCGGAGAUACGGAACUUGUGGAGAACCUUGAGCAUACAAAGAGAACAUCAGAAGAGAUUGAAGUGAAAGUUGUUGAAGCAAAGCAAAAUGAAAUUAAAAUCAAUGAAGCAAGAGAGCAUUACAGAUCUGUAGCAGCACGUGCUUCUCUGCUUUACUUUAUACUCAAUGAUCUUCAUAAAAUCAACCCGAUAUAUCAGUUUUCACUCAAGGCUUUCAAAGGAGUUUUCAUUCGAUCAAUUGAACUCACUGAAAAGUUUGAUGAUGUUGAUGAGAGAGUGAGGUGUUUGAUUGACAGCGUAACGUAUGAAACUUUUGCUUACACCAGUCGUGGAUUGUUUGAAAAGGACAAACUCAUCUUCACAAGUUUGGUUGCUUUUCAAGUCCUACAGAUGCGAGGUGAUAUUGAUUCAAAAGAUCUAGAAAUUUUACUUCGCUUUCCAACUAGUCAACCAAUGACCAGCCCAGUAGAUUUCCUAACUAACCAGGCAUGGGGUGUGAUCAAAGCGAUGUCACUCCUUGAUGAAUUUCUAAAUCUGGAUCGAGAUAUUGAAGGUUCUCCAAAGAGAUGGAAGAAACUUGUUGACAGCGAGGCCCCAGAAAAGGAGAAGCUGCCACAGGAGUGGAAGAACAAACCCAUCAUCCAGCAGCUUUGUAUCCUCCGGACUUUAAGGCCUGAUAGAAUGACUUAUGCUCUCAGGGGUUUUAUUGAAGUUCAACUUGGUGGAAAAUACGUUGAAAACCGAGCAAUUGAAAUCAAGAAGACAUUUGAUGAAAGUUCGCAAUCAAUUCCCAUCUUCUUUGUGCUGUCUCCGGGAGUGGAUCCCUUGAAAAAUGUUGAAGCUCUCGGUAAAAAACUUGGUUACUCAAAUGAAGAGAAGAACUUCCACAGCGUGUCUCUUGGACAGGGACAAGAAGUGGUUGCUGAAGAAGCACUUGGUGUCGCUGCAGAGCACGGCCAUUGGGUUAUCCUACAGAAUGUCCAUCUAGUUGCAAAAUGGCUUCCGCGGCUUGACCAUUUAAUGGAGACAAAUGCAGAAACAGCUCACCCCGACUACAGAGUGUUCAUCAGUGCAGAACCACCCCCAACACCUGACAUGCAUGUCAUACCACAAGGAAUACUUGAAAAUGCCAUCAAAAUAACAAACGAACCACCCACGGGAAUGCUUGCGAACUUACAUUCUGCUUUGGAUAAUUUUACCCAGGACACACUUGAGAUGUGCGUUAGAGAAAGUGAGUUCAAGUCCAUCUUGUUCUCAUUAUGUUACUUUCACUCGGCUGUUGCUGAAAGAAGAAAGUUUGGACCUCAGGGUUGGAAUCGUUCAUAUCCUUUCAACACUGGAGAUCUCACCAUCUCAGUCAACGUGCUUUACAACUAUCUUGAAGUCAAUCCUAAGGUUCCAUGGACAGAUCUGCGUUACUUGUUUGGUGAGAUAAUGUAUGGAGGUCACAUCACUGAUGAUUGGGAUAGAAGACUUUGCAAAACUUACCUUGAAGUGUACAUGGACCAAGAACAAUUGGAUUCAGAGUUAUUCUUGAGCCCAGGAUUUCCUGUUCCACCAAACCUGCAUUACAAGGGAUAUCACCAAUAUGUGGAUGAGAUGUUACCGCCUGAGAGUCCUGUCCUCUAUGGCUUGCAUCCCAAUGCUGAAGUUGGCAUCCUCACCGUGACUUCGGAUCAUCUCUUCCGGACCGUGCUGGAACUGCAGCCUCGGGAGGGGUCACAUGGUGGAGAUAGAGGGUCAAGCAUGGAAGAAAUGGUGAAGUCCUCGUUGGACGACAUUUUGGAAAAACUUCCAGAAGAGUUUGCUAUGGCUGAGAUCACAGCUAAAACACUAGAGAGGACUCCAUAUAUCCUUGUCUGCUUCCAAGAGUGUGAACGAAUGAACAACCUCAUUCGAGAGAUCAGGCGGUCACUAAAAGAACUUGACCUUGGCUUAAAAGGAGAACUUACGAUCAGUGCAGAGAUGGAACAAAUACAAAACGCUUUAUUUCUUGAUAAAGUUCCAACAUCAUGGUCUAAGAUAUCUUACCCGUCUCUUUACUCACUUGGUUUGUGGUACUCAGAUGUGUUGGUUAGGUGUAGGGAGUUGGAUACAUGGACACAUGAUCUCAUUCUGCCUGCUGUAGUGUGGCUGGGUGGCCUCUUCAACCCACAGUCAUUCCUUACUGCAGUGAUGCAGAGCAUGGCUCGUAAGAAUGAGUGGCCACUUGACAAGAUGGUGCUAUCUGUUGACGUCACAAAGAAAUCAAAAGAUGACUUCAGUCACCCACCACGUGAGGGUGCAUAUGUACAUGGGUUGUUUUUGGAAGGAGCAAAGUGGGACACGCAAACAGGCUUUCUGGCCGAAGCUCGACUUAAAGAACUAACAGCACCAGUUCCGGUUGUGUUCGUCAAAGCUAUUCCAGUUGAUCGGCAAGAAACGAAGAAUAUUUACGAAUGUCCUCUCUACCGAACCAGAGAGAGGGGUCCAACUUUUAUUUGGACUUUCAAUUUGAAAUCUAAGGAAAAUCGCUCUAAGUGGAUCUUAGCUGGGGUGGCCCUUUUACUCAGUGUUUGAACAUUGUUGUCUCGAGAUAUAUUUUAGCCUCGCUGUUUGCAACAGAAACUUUUAACAAUGUGAAAUUUUAAUAAUUUAGUUUUCAUUUGUUAUUUUACUUUUUAGUAGCCCCACUGUUUGCAACAGAAACUUCCAACAAAUCAAGUAGUUGAAAAUUAUGAUUUAAUUUUUAAGUAGAAUUGUUAUUUUUACUAAUUUUCGUAUCAUUUUUGCUGCAUUAUUAAUUAUACUGUGCGUUAAACUGAAGCAAUUGUAACUGUUUUUAUUAGAAUUGUAUUUUACUUAUUAUACAUUGAUUUGCACAUUGCAUGAAAUAAAUCACACUCAAAUACCUCGGAA